AGCUCAAUUCACAACACAGGCCGGACUACUUACAGGAGUGGCUACAGAGGAAACUAAAAGCAAGCAUGAAGGGGCGCGUCGCCACCGUGCUGGUUCUGACGCUUUCGCUCGCCGCCGCCUGGCUCUCGGCCGCCGACGACGUCGACACCAUUCGCCUGCCUAGUCACGCGAACGAGGUGAUGGCGAAGGCCAGCGCAGAGAAGAGGCCGUGGAAGUGCUGCAACCGGGCCCGGUGCACGAGGUCGAUCCCGCCCUUCUGCUGGUGCCACGACGUGGUGGAGCGGUGCUCCGGCGCGUGCAAGGACUGCCGGGAGGCGGAGCGGGAGGACGAGUCGGACCCCGAGGGCUACGUCUGCCACGACAUGUACCACGGCAGCCCCGGGCCCGCGUGCAGCAGCGGCACCGACGACAACAAGGCCGUCGCUGCUGACGAGACGGCGGCUAAAAAGAAGAGGCCGUGGAAGUGCUGCGACCGCACGCUGUGCACCAAGUCGGCCCCGCCGACGUGCAGCUGCCUGGACAAGGUGGAGCGCUGCAGCGGCCGUUGCAAGCGAUGUGGGCCGUCCGAGUCGGACCCUUCCGGCCUCUUCUGCUUGGACCGCUACCAUGGCUGGCCAGGGCCCAAGUGCACCAACAAGAACGAUGGCCUGUGAUCACCACUAGCUGCUCUGCUCUGCACUGUUUGCUCCCAGCUCAGACGCAGGGUGUUGCUAGACAAUGAAUAAAAAUGAUGGGCUGGCCCAGCGACCGAGCUAUGUAGUCCAUCGAUUAUGUAUCGUUCUCUUUUGCUUUUUUCUUCGAAUUAGCUGUGUUCGAGUCUUUGUAAGCAUCGUCGAUGAAUAAGAUAAAAGAUUAAGACUUAA